AUGGCGCAUGGACGUGACAAAGUUUUAUUGCUUUCGCCGAACCCGUACGACAACACGGAAUUCGAUUUUCAAUAUCAUAUAGAAACUCUUGCCAGCCCCAAGACUUGUCAUUGUCGCGAAGUUUCGGUCCAAUCUGCUCUUGACAAGCUAUGGUGCGACGAAAAACAUGCUGCAGAUAUGAAGGAAAUUAGUUUCGCCAUUAUGUCAUUCUGCAUCUUCGUUGCAGCAAUGUAUUUGCACAUUCCGACCACGAGCAUGUACUACCAAAACAAUGCUCUUUCAUCAGGAUCACGACAGUUGUCCACCAUGAAUAAAUUCCCAGGCAGAUUUAUGGACAUUGAGACUGUUCCUGGCAUCUUUUAUUGGCUGAACAGCUCUCUGGUUCCGCAAGUUUUUGCUACGGACGGCUACAAUGGAGAAGCUCUGUCAGAAGAUGGUUAUGGUCGCAUUGGGGGAGUCAAUAAAGUUCUUGGAGGAGUUAGCUUUCAGGUGACGCGCAUGGAACCUGAAGCUUGCGACAUGCCAGAGAUCCUGGAACCGCUUUAUGCGAAAUGCUAUGAUGAAUCUAAAACGACAAUUGAAGAACUUUUCAUCUCCUUUGAUACCAAUGAAACCGAUGCGAGUGCGAUUUUGGCGAAGAAGAAGGCGGAUGGAGGUUGGCUCAACACUGCGACGCAACAACUACUAAUCACAAUCAUCACGGUCAACGGUGAAUUGCCUGGGUACGCAGUGACGAAACUUCAGCUCGAUUUUAGUCCUGGUGGAUUUAUCGAGCCUUACAUUUCAACAACUUCAACAUUACUGGAUCAGUUCCCAAACGCAACCACCAUCGCACUGGAUAUUCUCGUGCUUCUAUGGUUCUUCCCUUGGGCGUUGAUAUCAGCAUUAGGGUUGGUUGUAGUACGCCAUAUUAAGACGACUCUAGAUUCAUCAAGUCGUCAUUUGAACGAACUCAUUGGUCAUGCUGGAAUGGCCAUUCGAUUUUGGGCAUUUCCUGAUGGUUGGUUUGCGAUUGAUGCACUGAGAAGGCCUGUCGUGUAUGCAUAUUUUGUCACCGUCGUCAUCGCACACAAUGCCAUGACCAGCACAAGCUUUCGUGCAAAAUUAUUAGUGCUUCGAAACACCAGUCAAAACAAAGACGAGAUCAAAAUGACGCUUUUAGAAGUCACGGAAUCGUUUGAGCAUAUCGUUAAUUUAACGACGUUACUUCGUCUUCUUGCCACGGCUGCGGUAUUUGUCUUAGGACUUCGCGUACUAAACACUUUUCGAAACCAUGUUGGAUUGAGUAUUCUCACUCGCACGAUUGCAAGUGCAGUUCGGUCAUUCCGAACGUUCUCGGUUAUUUUUGCUGUUGUUUUCAUUGCGUUUGCUUCGACUGGAACAGUUUUGUUUGGCACCAGUGUUGAAGAAUUCUCGUCUUUCUUUUACUCGAUGAAGGCGUGUGUCAACAUGUUAUUCAAUAAUUUUAAUAUCAAGGUCAUCGAUUCGAUUGACUUUUCGUUGAUUUAUUACUGGAGCUACAUGUCAUUGAUGACGUUUGUUCUUUUAAAUAUCGUUUUGGCAAUCGUGGUGGAUGCGUACAAAGAGGAACGGAAGAAAAAAGACAAAAGCAAGUGCUGGGUGUUUCUACGGGUCCUCAACCACGUAAUUCGACAAUGGUUUGCUCCAUUGACCUUUGUGAUAGCCACGGUAUUCUGCUGUGCACCAAGUCGACGUUACUCUGUCGUUUUUUGGGGCAGAAUCCGGACCCAUGUGCUGCGAGAAGCUCUUGCUGAUAGACUCGGCGUGAUGCCUUUGGAGUGGUCUCCGCAGACAAAGCUUACAUCAACUUUAUUGAAAACACUCUUUCCUGAUGCCACAGUCCAGGAAUGUGAAGCAACGCUUCAGCAUCUAACGACUCAACACAUAAACAAAGACUGCUGUCCUAUCUCUGAGGAGCCACGAUUAAGGAAACUUUCCAGUGCAUGUACUUCGAACAGCUUAUUGAAGUCACCAGCAAAUGAAAUACGUGAUCACUGUCACGACAGCGACAUGGCGAUCAGAAAUUUAUCAUCCCGUCUUCAUGUGCUUGAGCAAAAGUUAGACUUUCUGAUCGAAAAACUCACGAGUAUCUCUUAA